AUGGCAAACCCAAAUUCCCCUGCUUUCUUCUUCCCCUGUUUUACCCUCCUCUGUUUUCUCCUGCAUGUCUCUGUUUCCCAUUCCCAGCAGCUCCUCCUCCCUCUAACCCAUUCCCUCUCCACAACCCAAUACACCUCCACCCACCACCUCCUCAAAUCCGCCUCCGCCCGCUCCGCCGCCCGCCACCGCCACCGCCAUCGUCACCACAAGACUCACCGCCAAGUCUCCCUUCCCCUGUCUCCGGGCAGCGAUUACACCCUCUCCUUCACCCUCAACUCCAGCCCUCCCCAGCACGUCUCUCUCUACCUCGACACCGGCAGCGACCUCGUCUGGUUCCCUUGCCGCCCCUUCGAGUGCAUCCUCUGCGAGGGCAAGACCGAAACCCAAUCCUCCGCCGCCGCAGCAAUUCUCGCCAAUCUCUCCUCCUCCGCCGCCGCCGUACCCUGUAAAUCGGCCGCCUGCUCCGCCGCCCACUCCAAUCUCCCCUCCUCCGACCUCUGCGCAAUCGCCAAUUGCCCAUUGGACUUAAUCGAAACCUCCGAUUGUCAGUCGUACAGUUGCCCUUCCUUCUACUACGCUUACGGCGACGGAAGCUUGGUGGCGCGGCUUUACACCGACGCCGUUACCCUCCCGUUAGCGUCCCCGUCUUUAAAACUCCGAAAUUUCACUUUCGGAUGCGCUCACACGGCGUUGGCGGAGCCCGUCGGGGUCGCAGGGUUCGGCCGGGGAGUGCUGUCCUUGCCAGCUCAGCUCGCCGCCGAUUCGCCUCAGCUCGGGAACCGAUUCUCCUACUGCUUGGUCUCCCACUCGUUCGACUCCGAUCGUGUCCGCCGCCCGAGCCCGCUGAUUCUCGGGCGAUUUGACGAGGAGAAGGAGAAGCGUGUGGGCGGCGGAGGCAAUGAGGGAAAUGACCCGACCCGCUACGUGUACACUUCUUUGCUGGAGAAUCCGAAGCAUCCGUAUUUCUACACGGUGGGGCUGGAGGGGAUUUCGGUUGGGAAGAGGAAUAUUCCGGCGCCGGCGUUUCUCAAAAAGGUCGACGGCGGAGGGACGGGCGGGUUGGUGGUGGAUUCUGGUACCACUUUCACGAUGCUCCCGGCGGGUCUGUACAAUUCCGUGGUGGCGGAGUUUGAGAACCGGGUCGGGCGGGUAUACGAGCGGGCGCGGGAAGUAGAGGCGAAUACCGGGUUGAGCCCGUGUUAUUACUACAACGACGCCGUCGCGAGCGUUCCCAGCCUUGUGCUGCAUUUCUCCGGGAAUGGAUCUAGUGUGGUGAUGCCUAGGAAGAACUAUUUCUAUGAAUUUGUGGACGGUGGGGAUGGAAAGAAAGGGAAGCGGAAAGUUGGGUGCUUGAUGUUGAUGAACGGUGGGGAUGAGGAGGAGCUUAGCGGUGGGCCGGGGGCUACUUUGGGAAAUUACCAGCAGCAAGGGUUUGAGGUGGUUUACGAUUUAGAGAAGAGGAAGGUUGGAUUUGCUAGAAGGAAGUGCGCAUCUUUGUGGGAGAGCUUGAACCAAGGCUAA